CGCCAACGCGUCUCGGUCCGAGCACUGACCUUGCCGUUGUUUCGACAGCCUCGUGGAACACGCCUCUCGUGAUUCCACUUGCAAGAUUGCCGUGACGCGUAACAAUGGUGAAGGUUCUGAUUCGACGUUCGCCAGAAUAAUGCUCCGGAGUGGGUGUGUUCGGACGAUGCUCCACCGCGGCAGUGGCUUGCCUUGCCCGUGCCACGAGUCAAGCAGCACUGCCGGGUGCGUCGAACACCCCGUCGCCAGAGGGGCACCGGCCGCGUAAUUCGAGAUGACGAGUCUGCAGUACAGAUCUUGAGGGUGGAGGCUGGCGUAGGAGGGGUGUAGUCAGCUAUAAGACCGCGUUGGCGUUCACUCCGAAAUUUCAUCACCACGAUCACUCCAUCGUUCCAUUCGCUUUCUCAUCGCCUUUGCAUUUGCCGUUCGCUUUUGACACUUCAUCUUGCAUAUCUUCAUUCGUUUUUGCAAUGGUGAACUUCGCUUCCACCGUUAGCAGUGCGCUGGCUGCAACUUCUCUUCUUAGCCUUGCGGCUGCUCAUCCUGGCGAGAAGCACGACCAUGCUCACAUCAAGCGCCAGAUUGAUGCUCGUCAGCUGCGUGCUGCUGCCGCCAAGCGCUCCCUGGGUGCAUGCGAGAGCUCUCUGAAGCACCGUGACUUGAUGGCGAGGUCGGUCCAGCGUCGUGCGAACGCUCUCCAGAGCCUUCGCGAGAAGCGCGGCAUCUCAGUCAACUCCAAGAAGCUACGUCGUGACCUCUCCGAUCUCCAGGCCUUCGAGACCGUGAACCACAACAUGACGGGCGAGCUCGACUACUCCCUCAACACCGACCCGGCCACCAUCUUCUCCGCCAACACCUCGUGCAUCCUCGCCCCCGAGAACACUGCCGGGCCAUACUAUGUCCUCGGCGAGCUCGUCCGCACAAAUGUCAAAGAAGACCAAGCUGGUGUCGACCUCUACCUCGACGUCCAGUACAUCGACAUCAACACCUGCGAGCCCGUUAGCGGCCUCUUCGUCGAUGUCUGGAACUGCAACGCCACGGGCGUCUACUCGGGCGUUGAGUCUGGCCAGGGUGGUCUCAACAGCACCUUCCUCCGCGGCAUCCAGGAGACCGACGACGACGGCGUUGUGACUUUCGAGACCAUCUUCCCGGGCCACUACGAGGGCCGCGCGACUCACACCCAUCUGCUGACCAAGUCGAACGUCACGCUGCGUGAGAACGGGACCACCGAGGGCGGCGCCGUCACACACAUCGGGCAGCUGUUCUAUCCCGAGGACCUCAUCACCGAGGUCGAGACCUUCGAGCCGUACAACGCCAACACGGUCGAUCGCACCACAAACGACGACGACAUGUGGAGCGUCGUCCAGGCGGACGCUUCUUACGACCCGUUCCCAGAGUUCGUGUAUCUUGGUGACACCGCGGCGGAUGGUCUGCUCGCGUGGAUCCAGAUCGGCAUCAAUGCCAGUGCUGAUCACUCCGAUGACGAGUACUACGCUGUUGCUGCUACUUACUACGAGGACGGCGGUGUUGCGAACGGCGACAGCUCGUUCGGCGGUGGAAGCGGCGGCCCGCCUGGAAACGGUACUGGCAACGGAACUAUGCCGUCUGGUGCUCCUCCUUCGGGAUCUGGCGCUGCUGCCUCUGGAGCGGCUUCAACCGUUGUUGUUUCCGAUGCUGAGGCGACUGUUGUGUCCACGGCUGCUGGCACGACCUUGACUACCGUCUCCAGCGCCGUCUCCUCAUCGGCUACUUCGUCUGUCGGCGCUGCUAAACCUUCCGGAGAGCCUCAAAACCAGCAGGGUGGUAAGCAGCAGGGUCAGCAAGGUCAAGGUCAGCAGCAACAAGGGCAAAAACAGCAAGGCCAGAACCAGGCCCACAACCAACAGAAGGCUCAGCAGCAGAACAACCAGCACCAGUAGAUGCACUCUCAUUCGAAAUCGAUUUCUCUGCCCG